GCCGUACUACAGCCUGAUAAGUACGAGACAGUCCAACCCUGUUAGUAGGUGCCUGACACUGCCGUGCCCUAACGCUAGUCCUAAACCGGCAUUUCUGGGGUGCCAAGUCUUCGCCCGAGAAUUCCUCACGCAUUGAACUCGCGCAGACACUGCAGCCCGACCGACCUUACCUGUAGGCAUUACCUCACCACCGCUCAAUCAGGCACUCAUCCUACUCGACUUGACAAGGUCCUACAUUUCGGGACAUUGUCUGGGUCGAGCGUCUACCACCUUCCAGCUCGAGUUGGAGUUUCAAUAAAGCAAGCCUUCACGGAAGGCGCUCGAGAGGAAACGUCAUGGCGACCGACGUUAAAAGUAAGAACCUCUACGAGUUAUUGGGCAAUACCUCGGACCAGGACUCUGAUCGCGAGCCUGAACCACCCACCAAGGCGGUCGAAAAGCCAGUUCCCCGACAUGGCAAACGCAAUGCGCCAGAAGUUACCCCUGUCGAGGCAGCUGGAAAUGUAGCUGUUCGUGGCCGUGGUGGUCGGAGAGGAGGUGGUUUCAGUGCAAAUGAAGCUGCAUUCCGUGACCGAGCCACUGGCAGAGAUUACAACCGUGAAAAGCCUGCUGAGGCCGGUGAUCGUCCCAUCCGUGAACGCGGUCCUGGUGCUCGCCGUGUUGGCCGCGGCCGUGGACCUCGCCGUGGCGGUGAUUUUGGUGAUCGACACAGCCGCACCGGUGUGAGCGACCAUCCCAAGCAAGUUGAGCACGGCUGGGGCGAGAACACUGGCGAGGGUGAAUGGGCCGACGAGAGAGCCGGAGAAGCCAUUGCCAAACAGGAAGAAAAGGAAGGAUGGGACGCCGGAACCGCGGAAGCCUACAACGAGAACGCCGAACCCGUCACCAUUCCCGAAGGCGGUGAACCUAUCCCUGACCCUGAAGCCGAGCCAGAGAGCAACACAAAGUCCUAUGCCGAAUACUUGGCGGAGCAAGCUGCGAAGAAGCUUGAAGGACUUGGUCUGAAGGAAGCCCGUGCUCCCAACGAAGGCGCCAAGGAUGACAAGAAGUGGAAGUCGGCUAAGGAAUUGGCCAAGGAUGACAACGAGGACUACUUCAAGGGCGAAGAGAAGACAAAGGCCCAGCGAGAGCGUGCUCAGAAGAAGGAGUUCCUCAACAUCGACUACACCUUCAAGGAGCCACCGCGCGAAUCCCGUGGUCGUGGAGGUAGCCGAGGCGGUCGAGGCCGUGGCGAUCGUGGUGGUGAACGUGGCGCUUUCCGUGGUGACCGUGGCGGCCGAGGUGAAUUCCGUGGACGAGGACGUGGCGGCCGUGGCCGUGGUGGCAGUGAUGCUCCUGCAGUCCCAGUCGACGACGAGAAUGCUUUCCCCAGCCUGGGUGGAAAGUAAAUCACUCCAAGUGAUCUUUCAACCGCACCGUGCACACACGAGAAAGUACACAGACAUCUCCUUCUGAACGGACAUUCCCCUAAAGACAGUCCCCUUGAUUUGCGCGGUCUUCAUCCUGGUGGCUAUGAAGCUUGAAACAAGCCUUCAUAAAAGGUGCAUCGGGUUCUAAUUGAGUGCACUCGAGAUCUUCAAAAGCAUCCAGCAGGGAUCAGGGAAAGGAGGGAUUUUGUUCUACAGUCUCAAGCAGGCUUGAUCCUGGCCGGCUUGGAAUCGUGUAACAUAUGCUUUCUUGCUUUUGAACCUGGUCGAUGCAGAAUGGAACUCAAAUUGAUCAAAUUGAUUUUCCUGUUUCGUCCAUGUACUCGUGUAGAUCCGCCCAUAUCGUGAUUCCAUCCUAAGGUAUUCCUGAUCCG